GCAAUUUUGCCCUGUGUUCCAUUAGCUUAACAGCCCAAAAGCAUGGCUACCGCGCUGGACUGUCAUCAGUUGUAUUGCUGCUGUGGCUUCCCUCUUUUUUCUCUCAUCAACGCAGACCAAUGGAUUUAUUAACCUUUGUUUUUAGCUUGUUAUAAUAAGCCCAUUGUGCAGUCACCAGCGACACCGAUAAUUAAUCAAUAUCGAUAGAGUGUUUAAAAAGGAUAUAGCCAUAAGGCAACACGUCGAGGGGAGGCUGGAAUUAUGAAGCGUUGUCACCAUGUCUAAAGCCACCGUGAAGAAGCUGCACUGGCGCUCAAAAGUGCAGGAGAGCUUUGUCCCCCUGGGCGGAGCCUCGGGGGAACUGGGCCUCGCCAUUGGCGGCGGGGCCGACUACGGCGAGUUCCCAUUCGUCACCGCAGCCCCUGGAGGUGGAGCCACCGUGGGUGACAUCAUCCUGGAGAUCGGCGGCACUCCCGUCCUGGGAAUGACCCUUGGAGAUGUGCGAGGGGUUCUCAAUUCCUGCCCGCAUCCCAUCCGCAUUAAGACCGUCUCCCCAGGCUCCACUCUGUGUAAGGACCUGAGGUUGUAUCUCAGUAAGUGUUUCACUCCAGGCUCAAUGGACAGUCAGCUCCAGCAAGUCAUCCGAGAAAACCUCUAUCUGCGGGCUGUUCCCUUCUGCACCACGAGGCAGCCACGGGAUGGGGAGAUCUCGGGGGUAGACUACAACUUUGUCUCCAUCGAGGAGUUCUUCUCUCUGGAGGAGUCCGGCGCUCUUCUGGAGAGUGGCAAGUUCAAGGGCAACUACUACGGCACUCCCAGACCUGUCCACAUAGGUCCAGAGAGCCCCCCCAUCACAUAUCAGGAGCACCGUAACCUACUGAGAAACUUCCGGACCCGCAGCAAGUCUCUAAGCAACCUGGAGAAGGCUGUGGAGGAAGGAGAGAACAGCGAGGAAGACUCUGGACUGUCAGCAGGCUCUGCGGGCGCAAGCAGCGCACCCACCACCAUCCUGUCCCCCAACCAGACGUGGGACCCCAGCAGCAGGGAGGGCAGCGGCCCGGAGAACGGGGCCAGAGGGGGCGCGCUGCCCGAAAACUGGGAGAUGGCCUUCAGCGACUCAGGGGAGCCAUACUACAUAGAUCAUAACUCAAAGACAACCAGCUGGCUGGACCCCCGAGCGCAGAGCAAAGAGAUCGUCAGCAAGACCGAGUGUGAGUGUGAGUUGCCUGCGUUCACGGACCAGCCGUCGGAGCUGAAGGGCUACUCCAUCCACACGCGGCUGUCCAAGGGGCCAAGGGGUUUUGGCUUCAACAUCGUGGGUGGCAGCAGGCCCCGGGAGUUCCUGCAGGUGUACAGUGUCACACCUGGUGGUCCACCUGCGCUGAAAACAGCGGACCUCCUGGUCUACAUCAACGACACAAGUGUGCUGGGCUUCUCCCACAAGGAGGUGGUGGAGAUGCUCAAGUCAGUGCCCAUGGGCCACAGCGUGGACGUAGUGGUGCGGCGUGGCUACCCCAUGCUCUACAAUCCCGACGGCUGUCCCAAGAACCCCCAGCAGCUGACCGCUCCUCCCCCGGACGCCGCCCAGCCCCAGAACCACCUGUCCGAGGCCCGUCACCACCACCACCACCACCAUCACCACCACCACCAGAUGGGCCCCCUGGGGAUGAGCCGCUCCCAGUCGCAGCACAACGGCAUCUACCCCAGGUCCCCGCUGGACGCCAACGGCAACGCAGCGAGCUACGGGGGUGUGGCGCCGCCCUCGUACGGUCUCACCAACGGCAACCCUCUCGGGGGACCCUCUGGACUGCAGCACGGGGGUGCGGUGGGCCCCCCGCCUCCUGAACGCAUGUCGUCCAGUCACAGCGACACCGAGGUGGCCUCAGUUGGUGGGAGUAAGAGAGGGUCACUGAUCCGCAACUACAACAACAACUCCCUCCCUGCUCCCAGGCUUCUUCACCAGAGCUCCAAGUCGUCCGAGAGUGACCUCUCCUCCUCGGCCACGCUGCCCAUCGCCAAGCUCCCGCUGCCCCAGCCCGACGUGGGCACCGCCGCCUCUUCGUCCUCCUCCGCCACCACACCGGGUGCGCCCAGCGCCAGCCAGCGCCCGCUCAUGCCCCAGACCUCACUGGUCGUGACGCCGCCCGCGGACGUGGCAACCACGUGCGGUUUCAACGGCUGCCCGGUCAACAGCCACCCCCGCGCCAACCCUGGCAGCCUGGCGUCUCCGGGAGCACCAGGAGGAGGGGCAGGGGGGGAGAUGGUGCCCGUGGCCCUGGGGAAGAGUGAGGGUGGGGGCAUGGGCUUCAGCGUGACAGCCGGGGGCCAGGGCGGGCAGCUGGCUGUGGUCAAGAGGGUGUGGGACAGGCGGCAGUGCCCCUCCCUGCAGGCAGGGGACGCUAUCAUCAAGAUCAACGGUGCCGAUGUUCAGAGCCUCAGCUUUGCACAGGUCCAGAGAGUGCUCCAGGAGCAUAUUGUUCAAGGAGAGGUGGUUCUGCUGGUUUACAGAGGAGGGCCUGGCUCUGCCAUCUCCCCUAACUUCUACAAGCGCAUGCCCCACACACACAGCUCGUCCUCGCUCCCACAGACCUCCCCGGACCUGCUCUCCCCGUCCUCGGACACCACGGCGCCCACGCCCAACGCCCUCUCGCCCACCUCCCCCUCCGCCGAGGCGCCCUCGUUGGUCCAGAGCACCAGCUUCCUGGACUCCAUCCCCGUGACCCUCACGCUGGAGCCGCGGGACUGGUUAGGGGACGAGGUGGGCAGCGCUGGCGGUGGCACUGGCGGUGCCACCUCUCGCUCUGCGUCGUCCGCGUCCACCCUGGGCGCGGUGUCCAAAGGCCAGCCGGCAGACGGGAGAGGCGGCCUCCUGUCCAAGGCCCUGGACGUGGAGCUCCGGAGGAGACCCGGCGAAGGCUUCGGCUUCGUCAUCGCUUCUCAGGAUGUGGUCAACGGAGCGUCCACCCUCCUGUCCCACCGGUUCGUGACGGUGCGUCGGGGCAGCCCUGCGGCACGGAGCGGUCAGAUCCAGCCGGGCGACGAGCUGGAGGCGGUGGAGGGACGCUCGGUGGUGUCGCUGCCUCACCGCGACCUCGCCCAGAUCCUGCGCCGUGCAGGAAACACCCUGCGCUUAACCAUCAUCCCCCGCUCCAACACGAACACCGCUAACCUGUCAGAGUAUGCAGACUUUGACACAGACCACAGGUCAAGGAAGGGUCACCGAGCCAGGUCGAAGCAAGACUCCAGGUUUUACAAUGUGGAUCUGGAGCGCGGCCCCACGGGCUUUGGCUUCAGCCUGCGGGGGGGCAGUGAGUACAACAUGGGCCUCUAUGUGCUGGGCCUCAUGGAGGGGGGCCCUGCCUCACGCAGCCAGAAGAUACAGGUGAGUGACCAGCUGGUUGAGAUCAAUGGGGACAGCACGACGGGGAUGACCCACAGCCAGGCGGUGGAGCAGAUACGCAAGGGGGGACACCGGAUACACCUGGUGCUCAAGAGGGGAAAUGGCUACGUGCCAGACUACGUGGAGCUGUCCAGCCUAUCUCUCUGUAUGACCAACUCCAAGCAGGGUGAGCCCUGCUUCUAUGUCAUCGGCCGGACAGAGAAUACGCGGUUGGUAGCCGUUCCUGUUAGUCUCUCAUCUUUUUUUCUGUUUUCUUUCUUCCUUUUAUUUCUUCUCUUCACAUCCCUCGCUUCUUUUUGUUCUUGUAUGGUCGUGUGCGUUCGUUUCAUUUCGUUUCGUCCGUCCGUUCGUUCGUUCGUUCGUUCGUUCGUUCGUUCGUUCGUUCGUUCUCCAUGGCCCCUGUGCAAAACACCCAAGUGCCCCUGUUUGUGCGCGUGUAAUCCCAGUGACGUCCGUGCCUUACGGGGGAGGCUGCCAUUUUGCCAUCAGGCAGAGACGGGGGAGGAGGACGGGGGGGGGGAGGUCACCGGGUUCACAGACUUGAGAGCCAGUGAGUCAGAAGAUGAGAUGUUUCUGGGGGAGGAUGGGAUUGGGCGGAAUAAAAGCGCGGAUAGCUCCACGGCCGCGGAGCAGCGCCAGGAGGCCACAGCUCUCGUAGCGGAACGCUCACCUCCGCAGCUCAGCUAAGCAAGGCAGAGAGAGAGGGAGAGAGAGAGAGAGAUGCCUCGCAUUUCCAUUUUAUUUGAUUCCAGCGGCCCCUUGCUUUUAGCCAAAGUGAUUUUUUUUUACAGUACGACAAGCAGCAGGAUUUAUAGGGGGGAGUUGAGCCCAUACCGCGGGUGCUGCUGUUAGCACCACUCGAGCGAACCUACACUGCACUUGGCACUCAGCGCAGCAUCAUCACGGUCCUGGGGGGCAUUUCCAGGAACCCCAGGGGAUUAUGGGAAAACGCUGUGCCUUCUCCGCAUAUGUCCCUUGGCUUAACAUAAAAGCCCCUGUGAAAUGUAAAUGUGGAAAAAGGCUGUUUAAUGUGCCGAGUGCCACAGGCUCUGCUUGCACUGAUGUAUAAGUUCAUAUAUAAUAAUGUUGAGCAUAGAAGCUUAAAAGCACUUAAAGGUUAAAAGGUCAUAAAUGUAGUCAGCAAGUGAACAAGCAGGAGUUUGUCAGGUCAUUUACCUAUGAGAUAGAAGUACAGACAUUGCGAUAUUCAACAUGAACCUCUCAAGAAAGCAGGUUAGGUGGUGUUAGAUUAUCCUUGGAUGUUUAGAUUAUACACUACUAUAGAUGCACUUUCACACUCAAAAUACAAACCAUACCUUGUGUUGUCAUACAUUUUCUAGAUAAUUCCAUAUAGAAGAAAUACUAUGGCUAUAUUUAUCUCUGUUAUGGUUAUUCCUCUUACCACCAUCUCUCUCUCUCAUUCUAUCUCUCUUUCUUUUCUUCCCUCUCUCUCCUUUUCUGUCUCUCUCUCCCUCUCU